AUGGAGAAAUCGGGAGCUCUUACGAGCUGGGAUGUCUUUCUUCAGGAGCUACACAAACGUUUCGGCACAUCAGUUUAUGACGAUCCUUUGGGUAAGAUCGCCAAACUGACUCAAAUUGGUUCUGUGACUACUUAUCGUGCUGAGUUUGAGCGAUUAAUGAUUCGUAUUAUUGGGGUUGAGGAGACCAUGUUCAUUAACUUCUUUGUUUGGGGGCUGAACUUGGAUAUUCGUCGGGAACUGCUGUUGUCCACCCCGACUAAUUUAGCAGAUGCCAUGGCCAAGGCCCAGUUAUUUGGGGAUCGACACGAGGACUUGAAAGGUCGUCACCGGGCGGAGGGGUCACACCAUUCAUUUGGUAAUUGGAGAAAUGAUAGCUCGGCCAAGGUUUCUCCGAAGCCUUCCGUGAUUACUUCUCAUUCAUCGGGCUCUCCAUCAACACAUCGUUCAACUUCGACAACCCCGUCCCUUUCGAUCAAGAGAUUAUCUUUGGCUGAGCUCAAGGAGUGUCGUGAUAAGGGGUUGUGCUUCACUUGUGAUGAAAAUUUCAGCUUCAACCACCAAUGCAGGAAUCGGGUUCUCAUUAUGUGUGGCACUGAGGAUGACGUCGAAGAUGACAUUGCGAUCGAACCUGCCGUGGAGGAUGUUACCCAGGAAGAAGUCAGUCUCCAUUCGCUUUCCAAUUCCUCUCAUCCGCAUAUUUUUCGCAUGCUUGCCACUCACCGUGCUACCAAGUUGGAGGUUCUCAUCGAUACCGGGAGCAACAGUAAUUUUAUUCAAGAAGAUCUUGCUUCGAAACUGAAUUUGCCGAUGGUUCCUGUCAAGAAGUUCAAGGUUUACAUGGGCAAUGGCCAAUUCCUCACCUGUUCUUCUCAAUGCCAGCAAGUGGAAUUAAUUUUACAGGGUCAUCAGUUUGUUGUGGAUUUGUUUGUGCUUCCUAUUUGGGGUUUAGAUGUCGUUUUGGGUAUGCAAUGGCUUCGUACCUUGGGUCCUUGUCUGCAUAACCAUAAGGACCUUACAAUUGAAUUUCAGUGGAAUGGCCAAAUAGUUCGCCUCGAGGGCAAUACCCCAGUCUCGGCUCAACUCGCCUCUUGUUCUCAACUUCAUUCGUUUUUAGGUGCUGAACAUGGCUCUUUGCUAUUCUGUCUCUUUGUUUUGGCAGAUCCGUCACCCGACCACUCGGCUGAUUUGUCUUCUCUUGAAGCUCAAUUACCGCCGUGUGACAAGACCAUUCUCAAGGAUUUUUCUCCUGUCUUUGCCACACCAUUAGAGCUUCCCCCUUGGCGUACCAUUGAUCAUCGUAUACACUUACGCGAGGGCUCUACUUCAGUUAAUGUGCGCCCCUAUCGCUAUCCUUAUUUCCAAAAGGAUGUCAUGGAGAAACUAGUCCGUGAAAUGCUUGAUUAUGGGUUUAUUCGUCACAGUAACAAUCCCAAUUCGUCCCCGGUUCUUUUGGUGAAGAAGAAGGAUGGGACUUGGUGUUUUUGUGUCGAUUACAGCACUUUGAAUGCCAUCACCAUUCCUGAUCGUUUUCCUAUUACUACCAUUGACGACUUGCUCGAUGAAUUGGGUGGUGCCACCGUCUUUUCUAAAUUGGAUCUUCGCUCCGGAUACCAUCAAAUUCGCAUGGCCAAGCGUGAUAUCCAUAAGACGACCUUUCGCACCCACGAGGGUCAUUACGAAUUUGUAGUGAUGCCAUUCGGCCUCUCUAAUGCUCCAUCCACCUUUCAAGCGAACAUGAAUCAAGUCUUCCGACCUUAUCUUCGUCGUUUCGUCAUCGUUUUCUUUGAUGAUAUCUUAGUGUACAACAAGACUAUUUCCGCCCAUGUCGAGCAUCUCUGUAUUUUACAAUGUCUAGCUACGCACCAUUUUUUUUCCAAGGCAAGCAAGUGUUCCCUCUUCCGUAGUUCCAUUGAUUUCUUGGGCCAUCUAGUCUCUCGGGAAGGGGUGAGGGAUGAUCCCUCUAAAAUCGCUGCCAUGGUCAAGUGGCCUCAACCCCACACUCUUAAGCAACUCUGUGGUUUCUUGGGGCUUACCGGUUACUACCGCAGCUUUGUCUCUCACUAUACGACUAUUGCAGCCCCUCUCAUUGAACUUUUGAAACGUGACAACUUCAAAUGGACAUCACAAGUUGCGACAACUUUUGCCUCCCUUAAGGAUGCUAUGAUUUUUACUCCUGUGUUGAAAGUUCCUAAUUUUUCCAAAACUUUAAUUGUUGAAACUGAUGCUUCUCAAGAGGGUAUUGGUGGUGUCUUAAUGCAGGAUGGGCAUCCCUUGGCUUUUUUUUUCAGUAAGAAAUUAGGACCACGACUCUGCAAUGCAUCAGCCUAUGUGCGUGAACUCCGUGCCGUGGUGGAAGUUGUCACUAAAUGGUGUCAAUACCUUUUGGGUUGUUUCUUUAUCAUUCGCACGGAUCACUGCAACCUCCGUGACUUGCUUUCUCAGACUAAUGCUGCAGCUGAUACCUUAUCUCGUUGCUCUGACUCUGAUUCUACUCGACUUUCAUUGGCUUUUUCUUCCUGUUCUUUUGAUUUUCUGGCUGAAUUACAGGUUGAAUAUAAUACUCAUGAUGAUGUUCUCCGCAUCCGCCACCAGCUAUUGCAGGACCUGACUGCUUUGCCCCUAAUUUCACGCCAUGCCGACUUUGUUUCUGCUUGUACAAUUUGUCAAUCUGUGAAAUAUUCCAUCCGUGCUCCCUAUGGCUUGCUACAGCCAUUACCGAUUCCUGAACGUGUGUGGGAGGACUUGGCUAUGGAUUUCAUUGUGGGGCUCCCUCUUUCGCAAGGGUAUUUGAGCAUCCUCGUGGUUGUCGAUCGUCUUACCAAAUACGCUCAUUUUGGUCCUUUACCACGCCAUUACACAGCAACAAAGGUGGCUGAUUUGUUUUCUCAAAUGGUGAUUAAAUUACAGGGACUUUCUAAAUCAAUUGUCUCGGAUCGUGAUCCCAUUUUUACUAGUGCUUUUUGGCGGAAACUCUUUGUGCUCAUGGGCACCACCCUUAAGACUAGCUCUUCUUACCACCCGCAAACGGACGGUCAAACGACCAACCGUUACUUAGAACAGUAUCUUCGGGCAUUCACAACGGAUAAUUCAAAACAAUGGAGCUGUUUUCUUUCUUGGGCUGAAUACCACUAUAAUACGAGCUACCAUUCUUCUAUCGCUAUGUCUCCUUUUCAGGCUCACCACCUCUUAUUUUGA